CUUUCAGGUUGUAAAUAUUGGUCAAACUUGGAAGUUGCCUGGCCCUCCAACUGUUAUUAGGUCAGUUUUCCGAAUCUGACCCUAGAUCUGUAGGGGGCGUGUCUCCUUUCGCCUGUCUGUCACACUUUUGCUACCUUCAUGACUCAUUGCGGUGUCCGUGUCUGCAGUACCAGAGAGAACUGGAAAAAUGGCGGCGGGUUCUGGAGCUGUUAGCGGCCAUGGUGGCCGCGGCGCUUUGGAGGCCACCCUGGACCGCAGAUUCCAAGGAGUAUCCAACACUAUGGAGUCUAUACAGGGACUGUCGACCUGGUGCAUUGAAAAUAAAAAGUAUCACAGCCUUAUCGUUCGGUACUGGAUGAAGUGGCUCAAGAAAUCGGACACCAACCACCGUCUGAAUCUGUUCUAUCUAGCCAAUGAUGUAAUCCAGAACUGCAAGAGAAAGAACGCCAUCGUCUACCGCUCAAACUUCGCUGAGGUGCUCCCCAACGCUGCACUAAUGGUCAAAGACCCGAAGGUGCGUAAGUCAGUGGAGCGGAUCUUCACUAUUUGGGAGGAGAGGAACGUCUAUCCUGAGGAACUCAUCACCCAGCUCAAAGCCAACCUGGCCAAGAAGGAGAGGGAGAAAGAGAAGCCUCCUCCACCAGCCCCAGUCAACCCCAAAGCUGCCCUGAAGUCCAAGAUUGUGGCUGAUUUCAUACCCCAGUCGUUCAUCGAGCAGCUGGCGGGCUUCAAACGGGUGGUGGAGGAGGAGGAGCUGAGGGAGACCCAGCUGACAGCUCUCAGAGUGGACGUCUGCAGCACGGAGGCCCUCAAGAGACUCAAAGACAAGGCCGGAGGGAACAAGUUUGCCAAGGACUUUGAAGAGGGCAGUCAGAAGCUGCAGGAGUUUGUCAGUUUCCUGGAGAACCAGAUGCCUGUAGGGCCCCCUCUGCUGGAGGCUCUGGGAAACGCAGACGUCUUCUAUGAGAUGCAAUACAAGGAAGUCAAGAUCGUGGCCAGCGCCUACAAAACCUUUGCCAACCGCGUGGUCAACCUCAAACGUAAACUGGAUGCAGUCAAGUCCUCCCUUCCCGGUCCCGAAGACUCUCCCAUCCCCUCCCUCUCUGAGGACGCUCCCUCACCCACCGGCUCUGACUCCCCCUUCCUGGGGCUGGGAGGAGGCAGAGGGGGUAGGCUGGGCUUUGACCCGGACCUGGAUGGGAGUGCCAUGGACGAGAGGGACGUGGGGGUUGUGAGAGAGGGGGACAACAGAGAUGUGGAGGACAUGGAUCUGUCUGAGGAGGACAUGGAGAUAGCCAACACAGCUGAGAAGCAGUCGUCAUCAGCCACCGUUUCCAAGGUGACCAGCUCCAAGACCGCAGCGAAACCCGCCCCUGUCACACUCAUUCGAACCUCCACCGAAUCCCCUCUCAAAAAGGCAGCCUCGUCUACCCCCACGCCAGUGACCCCCAGCACCCCUACGAGUGCGGGUGUGAGUGGUCCUAGCGGGCCGACCGCUCCUCUGGGAAUGAACCUGGCCAACGUGGACCUAGGCAAGAUCAGCUCCAUACUGAGCAGUAUCACAUCAGCCAUGAAGAACACAGCAGCCAGCCCUGUGUCUCGCCCCUCCCCUGGAACUCCCACCACCCCCUCUGGCCAAUCAUCUUCCUCCAAAACCCCAGUUGGCCCCACCCCUCCUAGCCCAGCCCUGGCCAGCAUCCUGUCCAGAGUGAACGUCACCCCUGAAGGCAUCCUCAACGCCCUGUCAAAGACCCACACACAGAGUCUGUCCUCUCUGCUGAGGUCUGGUAGCUCCUCCUCCCCUGCCCCCUCCUCCCAUGCCUCCCCAGACUCCUCAGCAGCCAAGGGCCCCCCCACACCCACCACUCCGAGCAACACCAAACCCCCCCUGACCAACAGUCUCAAACGAGACACACCUGAGAGGAGCAGAGGAGCCAGGGAUUGGGUGAAAAACCGAGAGGCUUCCCCUCCUCCUCCUCCUCCCUCUCUCCCUAGCCGCUCUGUGUCUCCUCCCAGCCUAGAGUCUAAGAUCAACCGUUUCCUCCAGGGGAACCCAGGGUUCAGUCUGGGCCUGGGGGAUGGGAGCCCUCUGCUGGGGGGAGAUGGGGUAGACGGGACCCCUGUCAGGGAUGAGAGCGGGGGCACCCCCACCCAGGACGAAAUCAUGGACACACCAGGGGGUGUCUCCUCCGACCCCCUUGGCCUCAACAGUGACCCCAAGAGCUUAGGCUCAUCCAUAGGUCAUGAUCUUUCACCCACGGCCUACCGCAGUGACCCUUGGGACGCCGUCAUCACCCCAACAGGAAGCAGCAGCGACGUGGACUUCCUCUCUUCCUCUUCUCGUUUCCAAGGCUACGGAGCGGGGAAGAAGGCCGCCAAGCUGAAGGAGGAAGAUUCGAAGAGGAAGAUUAGCUCUUCAUCACUGGGAAGCAGCAAGGUCAAGAAGGAUGGACAGAACAGUCACGGGAAGAGUCACGGGAACGACAGAUCAGUCGAAGGAGAGAGGAGAGCGUCCAUAGGUUCUCGCAAGACCAGCAGUGGGUCAGAGGAGGGAGGAAUGUGUGGAACGAGGGAUGAAAAGGGAAAGAGGGGAGGAGAGGAUGGUGGGGGCUCAUCUGACGGGGAGGGGGGGCAGUACCACCGUAUCGAGACUCUGGUGUCGCCUUGCACAGAGGGAGCACCUUUCCAAUCACUGGGGGGCUUCUCAAACCGCCAGCCAACUGGAGAGCGCAUCCAGACGGUGGAAAGUAUACGCGUGAUUGGCCAAGGGCUGCGUCGCGGUGGUGGAGGAGAAGGGGGGAGGCCAGGCGGAGGGAUGUGGUACGAUGAGGAAGGGUACCUGGAUGCCCAGCCCCCCUCACCUUCCCCUCAGGGCGGCUCUGACGACAUGACUUCACCCACCAUGCCUCCCCCGACCUCACACCACCACCUUCCUCCUCAUCCUCAUUCUAAUCACCCUCAUCCGCACGGCCCCCCACCCCAGUUUCAGAUGCCCCCCUACCAUGGGGAGAACCCCCAGGGUCCCCUCCCCUCACACCUCCACCAUCACCCCCCUCCUCCCUUCUUCAACUCCCCUCCUCCACCCAUCCCACGCCCUCCACCCCCUCCCAUGCCCCAGCUCCCUCCACCCCCGCGCAACUUCCUUCCCCCCUCGGCAGUCAUGGUAGGCGGGGUUCUAGUCCCCAUUGACCGCCAACUGCCCCUCCCUCCCCAGGUCCGCCCAGACGGAGGAGGAGACCGAGGGGGGAUGGGAGGGGGACCCAGGGGGGGUAAAGGUGGCCCCACUCCCCUCAUGUCCUCUCUGUUAGGGGAGCCCCCUAAAAUGCCUCGUCCCGGCACAGUUAAAGAGCAUUUCGCUCCCCGCCACGCACCCCCUCUCCACCGCCCCGGCACCCCCGGUGCCCCGCCUCCCUUAUUGGGCCGUGUCAAGGAUGGCAUCAACCUUCCUCCUCCAUCCCCCUCUCCCUCCUCCUCCACCCCUCCCUCUCCCUCAGGCGACCCUCUGCUUCCUCGCCCCCAAGCUCCUCCGCUCCAGCACCCUCCAGCUAGCCCGCCUGCUCAGCCCCGACACCCCAACCCCAACCAUCCCCACCGUCCCUCGCCCCCCCUCCUUCGCCUACCCUCCCCCAACCCCCGCCCCCCCAUCAACUCCAUCCCCCAGAGACCUCUACUCCACCCUCGCGGCCACCCUGUCCAUCCGCACCUAAACCGAGAGCCACCCAUGUUCCGCGGGGGCAAGCGUCCUGGCCCUCCAUUCGGCGGGGGCCGAGGAGGUCCCUUCUACCCCCCCAAGAGACCUUUCUUACCCCCACGCUAUUGAAAUGUUAACCCAUGCUGAAU